AUGAAAGCUGUGUCUCUAGCGUUCAUCAUUUUUGCAGAGCUUGUAAAUGCAGAGAGUAAACUCAACCCGGUAAACCCGACUGCAUCGACAACAGCUGCAAGCGCGACUUCAACAAGUCCCUCCAAGAACGAAACUUCAUCUACAGCUCUUGACGUCGACGCGGUGUUGGCCAAGAUUUCCAAAGGCUGCAUAACCGACCAGGAGUAUGAGGACCUCACCGGAAACUGGUUCAAAGCCAAGCACCUCGGCUUCGUGACCUGCAAAGAUGAGGCCGAGCUGGCAGCAGCUCCAAACCUCGAGGCCUACUAUGAGCUGAAGGAGCCGCAACUCCUGGAGUUGAGCCUCGAUGGAAACAGCUUCUACGAGCGCAAUUUCGCGCCGGCCAUCGCCUUCUGGGAUAGGCGAUUUCCGGAGAUGCGGGCGAUGUUAUCUACGACAAGGCGGAGAACCAGCUUAUGCGGACGUUCGUGGGUGGAUCCCUUGAGUGCUAGCUGGCCAAAGAGAAACUACGAGAAGCCAACCAUCUCUAAAGGUCAUACCCAAGACUUGAAGGUGGAGCGCGAGCGGAACGUCUUGUUUAAUAAAUUUUUGAUAAACGGUUCC